AUGCUCUCAAGUGCUCCACGACAAUUCUACGUCCUGCUCUUUACGUCUCACGUGCUACUUUUGGCCUUCGCUCCGUUGUUCACUUUGGGGCUUCCACUUGGAUCAUCGCUCUCAUCAAUCACAGAUUUUUUGAAUAGUUGGCUUGGUAUCAACGGUGGUCAAUCUCCCAAUGAAAUAGGUCUGCUUCCCUGUAUCCCGAAAGGGACGCACAAUUCUCCACCAAAGACUACUUCAUGGAACAAUAAGCAUACCAAAGGCAACACUGUUAUCAGUGAAUCUGGCUCCACUUCUUAUUCGUCUUCUUCCUAUAGUUCAAGUGAUCCCCCUUCAAAGGACGGCUCCUCGUCUUCGAAUGGAUCAGGAGGCAGCGCGGACGCGAUGGGAUCUAUGGAUACAUUAUUAAACAGUAGCGGCUUGAACGAUAUAACUGGUACUCCAAAUAGCUCCGUUCUGGAUGGUGAUGCCUCUACCGACACAAACUCCGGAGAGGGUUCAAUGACCGAUUUGGAUUCUGACCUGGGGGGAAGCGAGGUAAACUCUGGGCUAGGAACCUCAGGCUCUGGCAGUUCUGAGGCAUCUUCAUUGGGAAACUCGACCACAGGAAACGAUGAAACCUUCGGAGGUCAUGGAGCUGAAUCAAAAAAUCCUGAUUCAAAUUCAUCGCCAGAUACGAUGGCAGGGAGCGAGUUGGGUUCCACGACUGAUUCUGGAAUCGGUUCGAAGGGUUCCGGCCAGCCUACCUUGGGAAGCUCAACACAUUCGGAAAGUAACAAUCCCGGUGGAGGUGGAACGGAAGAUCAUAAAACCGCCGGAACAGGCGGCGGAGGGGGUUCACACGACCGAGGGUCUAAGACUGGCACGGGUUCCGGCGAUUCCACCGCAUUGGGCAAGCCUGGACCUGGUAACUCGGGAAGUGGCGAUAAACCCGGGCCUGGGCCUGGGGGCUCGGGAAACGGUGGAGAUACUAAUACUGAUACCGACUCCGAACCAGAAGAAGAUUGUGACGGGGAUGAUUAG